UUCUAUUUUCUAUUACAUUCUAUUCAUUAUAUUUGCGACUAUAUAAUCUAUUAUUUCUAUACUCUGACUCUUCGGGGUUUUUCUUUUUCCUGUCAGCGGCACACGCCGCCCCUGUGCGGCGCCUGUCACAAGUCAACUCAUUUCUUCUUCAGCGCCAUCUUCGGCACCAUUUUAUUUACCUCUCUUCUUCUUCUUCCUCCUUUUCGCGCUCGCUCCGCGCGGAGGGGAGGUAGGCGUGUCUUAGUCAGAUAGCUCGUCCUAUCUGUACACAGUGAGCGGUAAUCUCGCGAGAUUACGCCGCUCUGCGAUUUUUCAACACUCCUCCCUGCAUCGCAAUCUCCAGUUCAGUGAGAUCGGCGUGAGGGACGGAGCCUGGACUAGUUGUCGCUGUACUUUGUCGGUAUUUACUGGGAAUUUAUUCCCUAUUACCCCUACUGCCCCAGCUUACCUCUAUAAAGCCCUUGUAGAUUCUAACUGCUACAGUCCCUGGGUACAUUCACAUACCCCAUACUGACUAACAUUAUGGCAGAUGACAAUACUACUAGUUCCCCCAGGGGAGAGGAUCCUUCCUUGGAUGCACCCCUUUACCUGACUGCUGCCCAGAUCCAAGAUCUGAUAAAUAAAUCAGUGCAAGCAGCGAUGUCCUCUGUCCUACCCCCCAAAAGUUCGCAGCACCCUGCACAUACUUCUCAAAAACCCUCAUGCAGUGGCGAACCACCCUAUAAAAAGGGUAAAGCGUCUCAAAAACGCAAUCAUACCAUCAUGGUAUCCGACUCCCCGGCAGGGGAAGUAAAUUGUAUGCACCAGGCAGUUCCCGAACCGGCCUGCCGACCCACUUUGCCUCCAGACUCUAAUAGACCCCUGGGCCCCGGGGAGUUGCGUAAGCAGGGGCAACGAUCCGCUAGACGGACCAAACCGGAUUCAUUUGUAGAUUCUACAGAUGAAGAAUCCUCCGCAGAAUCCGAAGUGGCUGAUGCCAAUGAGUCUGACGAUGCAAUUGAGGAUAGUGGGCAUAUGGCGAUCCCUGAGGACGCUAACCCUGUACCCCAGGGUGACAUCGUGUUAGACUCUCGUGGAGAGCCUUUCUUUGACCCAGAGGCUAUAACCCAUCCACGCUCUGGAGACUGGGCUCCCACCCCUGAAGUGUCCCAAUAUAUAGAACAUUGGGCUCGCAGGUCGGUGGAUAAGGCUAACCGCAACAAGUUAAAGGCGGAAUGCCCCCGACCAUGCAUCCCCAAGAAGGUGGUGCUGACGCCCGAAAUUGACCCCAUACUCUUACGAUACCUCACUAAACAUGGAAAAUAUUCCAAGAAGGGUAUCGAGAGAUCCUUCAGGACCAUCCAGGAUCGAAUCUUGGACCUCUUCGGUCCUGUCACCAUGAUUCUCAAUCUAUCAGAACAGGCGGCGGCAACCGAUCAACCGAUCGAUCUGCUGCAACUUAGAGGUUGGGCCCAAAGAGCGGUAUGUUUGCUCGGGUGUGCAAACACCACUUGUGCGACUGAACGUCGACGAUCAAUCUUGAUGAGACUUGACCCACAACUCUCUCACUUAGCGGAGACUGAACCCGGACCCGCUGCCGAGGGCCUUCUCUUCGGAGAUACCCUUAUCAAAGACAUCAAUAAGAUGGUCGGGCUGUAUACCAGCCUUGACAAAGCCCAAACAUCCCUUAAGAAAUCGAGUUCGGCUAAGGUUUUCACAACGGCCGGCAGAAGCAGGAGCCGAUCUGCCGGCCGCAACUACAAUACUAGGCCGUACAACAGAGCUCCAGCUCCUCAGUACAACCAGGCUCCACAACCCUACCCUGUGCCAGUCGCACAAUCUUCACCCUUCUUCCCACCCCGUGGACGUCCUUGGAGAGGACGUGGAGGAAGAGGCUACCCCCGCUCCAGACAUACUACCGGAUACUGAAGACGGCGCCCUACAUGUCGGAGGCUGAGGUGUUCCGGAAAUUUUCCUACUCGUUAUGGUGUCCCCGUUGGGACAUGGUUUCGGCCGGUGAUUCAAGGUCUUAUGGAAUCGGUUUGGGUUCUACCGUGAUUCCAGGUUCAAGUUACGGCUACAACUUUCGCAUCAAGAAAGAGGAGGAGACGAUGGAAGCAGUCCUUUAUAUACCAAGCAUCCUGACCAGGGAUUGGUCAAUACACCCUAUGGACUGCUGGGAGUUGUAGUUUUAAGUGGUUCUUUAAAGUUUUAGUAAAAAUUCAUUAAAAGAGUUUUGAAUUUCUGCUAUGGGCAUUAAUAAAGGAA